AUGUCCCUCGUCGUCCCAGAGGCGCAUCACAUUUUGCGUCUUCUCAAUACCAACGUUGACGGAAAGCGCAAGGUCCAAUAUGCCUUGACCGAGAUCAAGGGUGUGGGUCGAAGAUACGCAAAUAUCGUCUGCAAAAAGGCCGAUAUCGAUCUCAAGAAGCGUGCCGGUGAACUCAACUCGGACGAGCUUGAGCGAAUCGUCAACAUUAUGCAAAAUCCUACCCAGUUCAAGAUUCCGCUGUGGUUCUUGAACAGGCAAAAGGACAUUACCGAUGGCAAAUACGGCCAAUUGCUGUCCAACGCCGUCGACUCGAAGCUUCGUGAUGACUUGGAGCGUCUCAAGAAGAUUCGUGCUCACCGUGGUCUCCGACACUUCUGGGGAACUCGUGUCCGUGGUCAGCACACCAAGACGACUGGUCGUCGUGGAAAGACUGUCGACAGAGAUGAAACCGAGGAAUCUUGGGACGCGAUGCAACGCGGCCUCGCGCGGUUCAAAGCCAUUGUUCGUGGUGGCGCAUAUCGCCACGAUAGCUUCGUACCAAGCCUACGAUUCGUCGUGAGGUAUAUCACGGGUCCAUUGCUUUCCGAGCGAGGCCGUCUCUCUGCCGUCGCGAUUGAACUGGUUUCUACCCUUGCUUCUGCUCUGGGGCGCCGGUUUGAUCCGCUCAUGCAAGGGUUUGCUCCGACUUUGAUGAAACUGUGUCAGCGUCCGAACAAAGUAGUCAUCACACGCACCCACAGCUGCAUCACCACCAUUAUCAAGCAGACGAGACUACCUUCACUUCUUCCCUUUCUUCGUGAUGCCGUCAAGGACAAGAGCGUCACAUUACGCACUGUCGCUUCCGAGUCUGCAUAUCUGUGCAUGUCUAGCAUCGAGGAGGACAAGCUACUCACUAAAAUAUCGGAUAUAGAGCAAAUUAUUAAAGUGGCCAGUCGAGAUGCGAAUCCAGAGGUUCGAAAGCACGCUCGUGCCAUUCUACAAGAGUACAAGGAAAAGUUUCCCGACCGCUAUGAGACGUUUAUUUCCCCUUUGACGCCAGUGACGAAAAAGUACCUUGAUAUCAAGACGUUGACCCUCCCCUCGACUGCCCCCCCACUUAAUCUAAUGGCACCAGCAAAGAACCCUGGACCUUCUAAACUCAGAGCACCACCGGAACGUCCUUCAUCAUCCAUGUCAAAUCAUUCCUCCCGAAAUCCGGACAGUCGUCCAGGCAGCGCACUUCGGCACGUUGCACCAGCAUCUUUACCGCCGAGACCACAAUCUGCAACGCUUAUUCGACCGCGCAUGGUCCCUACUUCUGCCGUUGAUAAUGUCGCAGCCGCACACUCGCGCGGCACAGGCACGAGACCCUUGAGUGUUGACGCAAGCUCGCUUUUUGGCCAUAUUCCAAGGCAAACCCCUACAGAGCGACCUCGGUCGAUGCUCAGCGGAGUCAGCCAACAGCGAUUGGAUCUCCAGCGACAGCAAUCACGGGAAAGGCUUGCGGCUGUUUCCAAUACUGUCACGUUUCCUUCCAGCUCUUUACACACUGAAGUGCAUGCAGACGAACCGCGACAUCGUCAACGCAAUAUCUCGACGACAGACAGACAGGCAGAGGCGGAACGCGCGAAGAAGGUACUGCACGACAUGUUACCAACAGAGCGACAUCACGAAGCUCUGUCAAGGCCAGGAAGAGCUGGUCCAGACAAACCCGCCUUCAUCAGGCCGCAUCUCUUGUCUAACGAAGAGCUGGGAACAGCUGGUCAUAUACAACGACCAGUCUCUGUCGUUUUCGACUCUUCAGGAGCACCUGUUGAUCCCCAUCGGCCCACCCAAUCAAACCCGUCAAAUAUUCCAUCUUCGGCGUCUAAAGUGAGACCACAAGUUGUGUACAUGCCAACGACAGAAGCGGAUCACCCACCCAAACCCAAGGCAGUAAAGACAUGGUCGCUGAGCUAUCAGCUGGAGAUGAUGCAAAAGCGUCGGAGAGGGGAGGAGGCCAAGGCGGAGACACCGGCAUUGCAGUCCCCACAGACAGAGGCGAAUCUCGAGUCCGUGGAGGUCAUCGAAGCGGCUGCAAAGGAUCAAGAGAGGGAGUCUCCUCAAGAAAAUGUAAAAGAGAUAUCGCCUGCGACGACUGAACCGUCCCCCUCGAACGAGGAACCGACGUCAGUUGUCAACGAACCAGCUGCUGCUGUUCCUGGAGUGCCUAUCGUCUCUCCUGUAGCAUUUCCUUCUUCUGAUUUGGAGCAAGUCACAAAGGAGCCAGCGCCGGCGAAGAUCAUCGCACCCGAGCCUCCUCGCCCUGCCUCUCGAGCUCGAGUCGCAUCGACUGCCAGCAGUACAGCAAGAUCAAUAGCACCAUCGCAAUCUAAUGCACGCCCCGUCGCAUCUCAUGGACCCAAGUCUUCUGUAGAUGUGAAGCUCCCAGUGCGGGUUCCUUCGCGGAAUGGAACACAACCUCAAGGUUUCGUACCGAAGCGAACCACAAAGCAGUCUAUCACUCAACCGACAAAAUCCCAAGCCGCACGCGCUCAAGUUCUCAAGGAGGAGAAGGAGAAAGCCGCUGGUUCGAAAUCGGUGGCUGCCUCGGGACUGAAAUCUAGCCAGACAGGCCCGAAGCCAAAAAUAGUCGAUAAUGCCCCACGACGAGAUGCAUCUACGCCGGUUCCCUUUGAACCCAAGAAUGGGGACAAUCAGCAUAUGAUAGUUUCCAAUAAUUCUGAACCUUUCAAGCCCUCUCGGGUAUCGAAAAAACCACCAGUUCCCACCGUAGUCUCGCUUGUCAAGGCUCAUGCGGCGAAGAGGGAAGUCGGACUUGCCCAAGUCAAACGUCGGCUGGGUGGCGCAGCUCCGACAAAGGACACCAUCCCGCCCUCUAAACGCGCUCAGUUGGCAAAUUCUACGCUGUCUCGGAAGCCACCUCUCCCCAAGUUUGAGCCCAAGUCGCGCGGUGCACGAGAUGCGCUGGAUGAGCCGACAGCAAUAUGA